GUCUUAGUACUAAUUACAGCCAAUUAUCUCCAGCUUUGCUCACUUUUCGCUCAUUUUAAAAGCUGUUGUAGCUUGUCUUUUUCACAACUGUCACUGCAACACCAACACGAUGGCUUCUGUUUGGCUCGUGGCUGUUCUGGUAAACGCUAUUUUGAUAGAAAAAGGCCUUUGUGUUCCUGUUGGUGCUACGAAAGGCCAACCUGUAACAAACGUGGAAUUGAAUGACAAAGCAAGUCACGAUGACUUCAGCAAUGACCAAAGGAACUAUAACAUGACCAAGGACCAGCAGAAUGAUGAAGCCUUCGACGACCACCACAAGGGCCACAAUGCCACCAAGGGGCAGCAGAGCGACGAAGCAUUCAAUGACCAGCACAAGGGCCACAACGCGACCAAGCAGAGCGACGAGGCCUUCGGUGACCACCGCAACGCCACCAAGCAGAGCGACGAGGCCUUCGGUGACCACCGCAACGCCACCAAGCAGAGCGACGAGGCCUUCGGUGACCACCGCAACGCCACCAAGCAGAGCGACGAGGCCUUCGGUGACCACCGCAACGCCACCAAGCAGAGCGACGACUCCUUCGGUGACCACCGCAACGCCACCAAGCAGAGCGACGACUCCUUCGGUGACCACCGCAACGCCACCAAGCAGAGCGACGACUCCUUCGGUGACCACCGCAACGCCACCAAGCAGAGCGACGACUCCUUCGGUGACCACCGCAACGCCACCAAGCAGAGCGACGACUCCUUCGGUGACCACCGCAACGCCACCAAGCAGAGCGACGACGCCUUCGGUGACCACCGCAACGCCACCAAGGGGCAGCAGAGCGACAUGUUUAACCUACGCGAAGAUGUGUCUGGCUACCAGAAUAACAAAAUGGAUGAUGACUCUGAAGAGAGUGUGUUUACAGUGACUGUUUAGUAUUCUAUUGUCUCCAUUUGCUACAAUAAAGAAUUUACUUGACGUUUAUUUGAUUUUAUCAUGUGAAUUCACAGCCCCCACAUUGUCUGAUUAGCUCCAAACUAGUCGUGAAUGUUUGUGCUACGCAGUGUAUUCAACGAUGACUAUAACGAAAACGUUUCAAUUUUCACGGCGAGACAACAGCUAAAGUGUCUUGGGAAGCUAAAACAUUGUAAAUGCCAGUUUUCAUCUAACCAAAUGAAAAUGACCAAUGGUU